CGGCUUUUGCUCAUUUUACAUUUUCAUUCAAAGCAUGCAAGUGCUGUGGUCGUGCUGUGAUGUUUACUAUCUGUAGUUGUAAAUGAUGGAUUGGCGAUUGUCAAGUUCCGCAUGUUUUAUUCUGAGGAAUGACUAUAUUUUCUUGACGAAGGAAAUAUUCUGGGUAAAUUUCAGGAUUUUGAAAUUAUCGUUCUUCUGAUUAUUAAUUUAUUUUUUAAAACUUCCUCUGGGAUAUGAUUUCGUCCUCAUCAAUUCUACAAUCUUUGCACAGAUCUGAUGAAGAGUCAAAGAAUCCUUUUCAAAGCUUUGAGUUAUCAUAAAAAAUGUGGUUAUCAGAUGAAGAAUCUAAUUUUGAGAACGAUUGCGCUAAAGAACAAGGGAAUGAAAAGAUUAGAUUCAGAUCCAAUUCCCCUCCACUUCAAGGAGGGGAAUCACUGUGUGAAUUUUAUUUGGAUCCUCCUGAACAAGGUGAAAAGUUGAGAUCCUUUCAGUUUAAUAAAACAUUUUCUGAAAACCAUGAUGGUUCCCCAAAUGCAAAUAUGCAGAAUGAUGUCUUCCGUUUUGUUGGUGGAGAAAAACUUCCUUGCAGAAAUUUUGUGUCCCUGCUUAAUCAGGAUUUACUACCAACUAGCACAUUUACUCAAACAUUUUUACAAAGCAUUCUUUCAAGUGUGGAUAGUACUGAUCCAGUUGUUGCUAAUGCUUGGAUGGAAACUUUACUUGAUGUAAUAGAUUUGCUUCCAAAGGAAAUUGUAAAAGGGGAAAUACUGACUCUUGCUGUAAAUAAAGGCCAAAUGUCCCAACCAAUGUCUUCUCGUUUAUUGUGCUGUAAAAUGUUGGGAAAGAUUUGUUUAAAGUUUGAUGCUUAUGUGAUUAAGAAAGAAGUUUUGCCUGUAGUUCUUUCUUUGUGCCAGGAUGUUGAUUUUGAAGUACGAGGUUAUAUGUGUAAACAAUUGGAUAUAGUUGCCAAAGGAAUAGGACUUGAAUCUACCAAAAGUGCAAUUUUACCUGAGCUUGUUGAGUUAGCAAAUGAUGAAGAGACAUUUGUUCGUUUAGCUGCAAUAGAAACCAUUGUACAGAUGCUACCAUUAUUAGAUGAUGAUACUUGUACCCAAGCUAUCAUUCCAUUGGUCAAAAAGUUAUGUGAAAACUCUUAUAGUUUGAAAGAUUCUACUCUUCCUGUAGUAAGCAGACAAUUAGGACAAUUAUGUUGUGGGUUGGUUGAUAAUUUUACUUCUGAUCAAAAACAGUGGUUUUUGAAAUUUUUUCAAGAAUUGUCUAAAUUGGGUUUGCCAAACACUGAAAAAAAUCGCUCAUCCUUCUGUAGUCCAUUACCUGAUUUAUUACCGGAAGUAGAUCAUAGAGAUAGAUUCCGAGAAUGUCGGCAUGCAUGUGCUUAUAAUUUUCCAGCAAUGGUAUUAUUUGUUGGAUCUGAGAACUUUGAAAAAGAGUUGUAUAAAACAUUCAGGAAUUUAUGUACAGAUCCUUUUCACAGCGUUAGACAAACUAUGGCAUGUGGAUUUUAUGAGGUUGCAAGACUUUUAAAUUCAAAAGCAUCCUUGUUACAACAAGAACUUGUUAUUUUAUUACAAGAUGAAUCUCUUGAGGUAUUGAAAGGUCUCAUCCCAUACCUUCCUGAUUGCUUAAAAACCAUAUGCUGUUGUUCUGACUCACAGGAUAAUGAUAAAAGCAAUUUAGUAAAAGCUCUAAUUGCUUGUGAAGAAGCUACUUCUGUAACUAGCAGUUGGCGCUUGCAUGCAGAUUUUUUAUCAUGUCUUUCUUGCCUGCCUUCUUGCAUUUCUUCAGAAAUUAUAUUUACUACUUUUGUGCCUUUGCUGUUUGUGAAACUUCAUACAGCAAGACCAAUUCCUUGUAGAAUUUCUGCAGCCUACAGUUUAUUAAUAUUUCUAAGAAAUACUCCAAGUCUUGAGAGAAGAAAAGGAAUUAUAAAUGAACUGAUUCGAGAGCUUUGUUAUGGCAGAAGUUGCCAUAAAAGAAUGCUUUUUAUACGGGUUUGUGAAUUAGUUAUUGAAUUAUUCUCAAAGGUGUUUUUUAAACAGCACUUUUUCAAGCCAUUGCUCACUUUAUCUGUUGAUCCAGUACCAAACAUUCGACUACGGUUGUGUUCAAUCUUGCCUCGUUUGAAGAGUCUCAUAAAAUUGCCUAAAGAUAGUCACCUUCUUCAACAGCUGGAAUCAUGUGUCAAGACUUUAAUUUCCGAUGAAAAAGAUAGAGAUGUUUCUUAUGCUGUUAGUAGGGCUAUUGAAGAGCUUGAUAAAAUUGAAGUUGCUACAGAACCUCUUUCUAGACGAUCUUCUUGCAUUGAGAUUGCUUUAGAUAUGAAAGACCGUCUAAAAGAAGAAGAAGAAAGACAUCAAUUAGAAAUGGAAUUUAAUUUAAAAUUAAAAGAAGAAAGGAAUGGACAUUCUACGACAAUAUCUACUGGCACAAAAGGCGGAAAAAUACCUGUAAGGAAGAGUGGAACACUUCCAAAGCCAUCAAAAAUUAAAGAAACGCAUCCUGAGCAGUCAGAAAAAGUCAUAUCUAGUCAAUCAAAAUCUCUCAGAAUUUUAAAGAAAGAGCGUAGAAUAUCUAGUCCUGCUGUAAUCGUGGAAUUUCAAAAAAAUUCACCUCAAGUUCUUCAAACAACCAGAGAUGUUUCAACUUCAACUCAAACUAUUGCAAAAACUACCUCUCCUAAAUGCAACAUUCCAAAGUCUAGAUCUCAGAGUCCUAAUAUGCGCACAUGGCCUCGUCAGAAGCGUUCUUCUCUCAUUCCUAAGCAAUCUAUUGACCGAUGUCCUUCUCCUAUGCCACUACCAAGACGCUUCUCUGAGCAAAGCAAUAAAGAUGUCUCAUCUACUGAGAUUUUAAAGAAACCUUCCAAUGCAGAGAAAAGAACUUUAUCAAUUCCUAACAACAAAGUUAUACAAACUGUGAAAGAAAAUUUAACAAAAACGAAAAUUGCAUCAAAAGAUAGUACAUCAAAUAGUCCUCUUGAAUCAAAAAAGAGAACUAUUGGUACCAUUUUACCAUCACCAGAAGUUCUCAGAAGAUCUGUUACUCUUAACAAUUUGAAUAGUGAGAGUAAAAUUCCUUCAUUUUUGAAGAAAUCAAUUACUAAAGACAGCUGAAAUGAAAGGAAAAGAAAGAAGAGGAAGAAAAAUUGUUAUGUGCCAAGGUUGUCAAGGUCCAAUCUUAAAAAUUAUUAAAGUGCAAAUAUUUUUUUCCACUGGAAUGUAACUAAUUAGCUUUCCUACUUUAUAUUGAAAUUUUUUGCAAUUUAAUAGUAAGUCCAUCAAAUUAGUUCACAUACUAAAAUUAAAAUGAAUUCAGAUAUUUUUCAACAAUGAAGACAGGUAUAUGUAUAUCCUUCAGAAGAUGCAAAUCUUAUUAAUAUUUCCUUUCAGUCAGUUUUCUAGAAAUAGUAUGAGCACAGUUCUAACUUUAUAGUAUAUGUUUUUUUUAUUGUGGUUUUUACUUUUUUUCCCCCAAUGCUUAGCAAAAUUCAAAUUGUUAAUGGUUGGUGCUUUUUUUUUUUUUUUUUUUCAUUUCCUCUUGCACUUUUUAUUUAUCUAUUUUGUUUUAGAAUUCUGUAUGUAUGUGAAAUGAUUUUUUCUCUUUUCUUGAACUGGUGUAUGGCAGUAAGUAUAGCUUUUGCUGGUAUUAUAGAUUUGAAGCAUUUUUUUUAUAUAUUUGUUACUUUUAUGAAAAUUAUAAAUAAUAGAUUCUUAAAAAAAGCUUUUAUGCUAUUAAGAGUUAAUUCUGCUUCUAAAAAAACUUGUUUAUGAAAGUUAAAGAUAUAUAAUCGGAUGAUCACAUAUAAUUCUGGCCCUUAAUUGGGAAAUAUAUAUAAAUUAACAGUGUAUUGUUGCAUAUUGCUUAUAAUUUAAGUUAAAAUACUCAGUUACUUUGCUAACUAUUGAUCCGUGUUUUUGAAAAUGGUCUUAUUGCUAUUUUAUAUAAAAUACUAAAUUUAUAUGCAAAUUACAAACAAAAAACAUUUAUUUAAAAUUACAUAAACAGUUCUUUUUUAACAUGAUAUAAAAUAUAUCAUACCGUAUGGUUAUUAAUGAACCAUUUUAUAUGUUACUCUUUUUCUGUCAGUUUUUUGAUAUUUGAGGAAUAUAUAAAGUAUUAUUUUUAAAAGCUAGUUGAAUCAGCUUUUAUUACUUGUAUAUUUAUGUGUUUUUUUUUU